AUGGACACAAAAUAGCAAGACAUAUUAUCGCCAUUAUUAGAAAAUUAAGUGGACUGUAACCUCCAGGAAUAAGAGACAAAAUACAAAGAUCUUUUGCCACAAGAGUAUUAAUGGAUAGUAGAGAAACACAGAGAAGUAGAUUACUCAAAGCCUGAGAGUAGGUUUUAAUCAAUUCCAUUCAAGUUUGAAAAAAUGGAGAGAAAGACUAGAGUCUAGCAGACUCUAUUACUUCCACACAGAAAUCUUAUCAUAGUAGAAUAUUACUAUGAAGGUGAUAGUAAAAAUAGAUCUAUCGAUUUUAUUGACUUUAAAACUUAAUAACUUUUGUCAACUCUGGAUUUAAAAAAUCUGCACUAUUCGAACGCCAUUUAUCACAAAAUUUUCAAUGAUGUCGACUACAUUUUUUAUCAAACUGGCUAAUCGAUAUAUUUCUUGACAUUUGAUGAUUUUUUUCAAUAGAAACUUGAAAAGUACUUCAUUGAAUUUUAAUUCGAAAAGUUAGAUAGUUUCUCUAAUGCUAACAUCAUAGAUGAAUUUAGACUUAUGAUCUAUUAUUCAUAAAGUACCCUUUUUUUCAAACUUGAUAAUUCUUUCCUUGAGCAAAUUAUAAACGGAAAAACAACUCAAUUUAAAAUUACAAGUUAUCUAGAUAUGUACGAAUAUAUCUUGGAUCAAAAUUUCAAUAUUUACGAAUAUAGCAAUGUUGAUGGUAUUACUUUAAAUAAAAUACAGUAAAUCUGCCCUUCAACCGUUUCGAGCAUUAAAUAUAUGUAUAAGAUAUAAACUACCUCAAAUAAAAUCUUUAUGUUCUUAGAGUAAAAAACUCAAGAUUAUGUACUAUUCGUAUUUGAUUCUAAGACAUUUUAACUAAUCAAUCAAUUUCCGAAGAUACUUCAAAAACAGUUUAAUAUACUUGAACUAGACUUGAUCAAUAAUAGGCUUUAUUUUAGAGAUAACAAUGAAUAGGAAAAGAUUAACUAUAUCAAAUACAACACAAACCUUAAUUCAAGUUAUGACCUCGUCCCAAUCGUAAACCAUAAGAAACAAUUAACUAAAACAGACGAUUUAUCAUUUUUAAACAACUACUAAUUAUACAACUCUAUAGAAUAAGAUGGCAUGGUUGUGAUUAUUGACUUAAAUACUGGAAUUCAGAAAAAAAUACUAAAGGAAUAAUUGAAAAAUUGUAAGUAAUACCUUAAGGCUAGCGAUGAAAUUUUGAAAAAUGACAAUUUCCAUGAAAUUAUUAAAGAAGAUUACGAGGAUGAGUAAUAUGAAUUAGUUUAAGAUAUAAAUUCAAACGAUAUGCUUAUAAAAAGGGAUAACUAUCAUGUUUAUCUUAAUGGUAAUCGUAAGGUGAAAUGGGCUGAUUUUAGGGUCAAAUCAGGAUAUUAGUUUUAAAAUAAUAAUACUCAUUGUAUUAUGAAAAAUAGAUUUGGUGAAAAACAAUAUGUCUUUGAUCAUGCUUAGCCAAAAUAAAUAGUUUAUUUUGAUAUCUAAAGCUUAGAUUUUAAAUCGAUUGAUCUUACUGAUGAAAUAAGAGUUAGUACAGUUCCUAGAGAAGCUGUUUUUGAUGAAAUCACAGGUUAUCUAUUGUUUGCAUUUUACUCAGAUGUCAAAAUAGUCAAUCUUCAAAGUGGAAAGGAAAUUAAAGUAAUAAAUCCUCCCUAGAAUAGGAAUUAAAUCUUUUUCGCCAACAACUAUAUUUAAAUAAACUCUGAAAAGGGAACAAGUGUAAUGUUUUUCAAGAAUAAAAAUGUCGACAAAGUUUUUUACAUAGAGUAAUUGAAAACAUAUGAAAAUCUGUCUAUUAAUGACGCGUAUUAAAAAGAGUCUAAUACAUAAUCUUUCUUCUUAUUUAGAAGAUAAGAAAAAGAUCUUGUCUCCUAUACGAUGGCAUUCAACUCAUUUGAAGAACUGUUUAAUGAGGAAUAACUGAAUUAGCCUGUGUAUCCUGCUUUUUAUUUCACCUAUACCUACAAGGCAAUAAUAGAUUCAAGUAUGGUAUAGAUUUAUAUUAAAAAUGAACAAGAAAUGGUAGGUUUUUUCGAUAUUAACAUUACUGAUCAGCUAAUUAAAGACUAUAGAAAUAUUACUACCUUGACUAAUGAAUAGAUAAUCAAAGAACUGACAUCUAAUAUAGAUAAUUACCUUAAAUUCAUUGAUGGAUAUGGCACAGGAAUAACACUAUUUUAGAAUAACUUGAUUGCUUUAGAGACCAUUGUAAAAUAGCUGUCAGUGAAAGAUAAGUCAGCAAUACCAAUUCUUAUAUGCUAGAGAAUGCUUGGGGAGGAAACCCCUUUAGAUUUUUCAAUAAAAAAUAAUCAGCAAAAGAUCAUCAAUCUUAUCCUAGCAUUAAUCAUAAAAUACUAAGAUCACAUCAUGUUUAACUAAAUAAUAGAUAAAAAUUUAUGCGAACUUAUCAAACAAUAGAUUGACUUAUAAGAAUACUUAGAAAGUCAUCUCCCCAGUUACGAGAUUUUGGAUCCAUCUUAUCCAAGUUAGCAUCGCGAUGAUUAGGAGUUGAUUGAAGGAACUACUUUGGAAAAUCCUAAAGAUGCUCAUUUAAAGUAUGAGGAAUUAUUUGGAAGCAAAUUGGACAAUAAAACAUAAGAAGAUGAUUCCAUAGUUUCAAUAGAAUAUCAUUUGAUUAAUUUACCUGUAACUUUGACAACAAAUCCCUAAUACAUAAUGGAAGUACUGAGUUAAACAGAAAAACCUGAAUAUUUUGAGAAUUUAACAAUACAAACUAUCAUAAAUUUUAAAUGGAAAGAGUACACAAAGGAAUUUUACUAAAAAAGAUUCUACAUUUUCCUGAUAUUCAUGGCCUUUUUUAUUUUCGAUAUUUUCUAUUCAGCUUAUGCGACUCAAGAUACUAAAGAAGACACAAAAGAAGCUAAAACAGAGGAUUAAACUUAGCCUCCUAAUAUAUGGUAUAAAAUAUCUCCGAAAAUUGUUUGUGGAAUAGUACUUAUUUACUUCUUAAGCUAUGAGGUAAAACAAAUAAUUAAGUAAAAAGGGGAUUACUUUUAAGAUGUAUGGAAUUACUUUGAUUUUACUCAUAUUAUUUCGUUUACAGCUUUUUGCAUUCUAGACUUCACAGAAUAGGACGAAGGUUAUCUUAUCUUGAUAAAAAUCCUAGUAAUCAUACUAACUUUUAUGAAGCUAUUCUUCUUUAUUAGAAUAUAUGAUGGCUUUAGUUUCCUAGUUUCAAUGCUUGCUGGUGUCUUCAAAGACAUCAAAUACUUCUUAAUGUUCUUCGUGAUUUUUAUACUCCAGUUUGGAAUGAUAUUCUUAGUCCUUUUUAAGGCAUAAUCUAUAGAAGAAUACAAUGGUGUGAAUAAAGUAGCAUACUUUCUCAUGGCCUUCAGAAUAUCAUCUGGUGAUUUCAAUGUUGAUGAUUACUAAAAUUAAGAUAGUAUGCUAGUUAUUGUUUCAUGGAUUAUCUGGUUGAUCGCUGUUAUGGCAUUGAAUAUCGUCUUCAUGAACUUUAUUAUCGCUGUGAUAUCAGAAUCAUACGAGAGAGUCAUGCAGAAACUUGUUGCUGAGUUAUAUCGAGUAAAAGCCAACAUGAUUGUUGAGAGAGAGCAGCUAUUGAGUGCUGAUGAAUUGGCAAGCAAACAAUAUUUCCCUAACUUUAUUGUUGUGAGAAGACCUUUAAACACAGAGGCAACUGAGGGUGGGGAAUGGUAGGGAUUCAUAAAAGAUCUCAAAUAUACCAUUAGAACUUCAGCUGCUAAGUCUAGAGGAGAAAUUAUCCUAAAUCUUAACUCUAUUAAGACUUAGAAUUAAGAUAAUGGGCAAAAGCUAGAGGACAGAAUUUCGCAAUCACUUAAACUUUUAAGAACUGAUCUUGACACUAAAGUCGGUAGCCUUGAUGAGCAAGUUAAAGGCUUAAAAGGUGAUAUGGAUUUUAUCAAGAACUCAUUAACUUAAAUUCUGUAGAAAAAUAUCCAGUGA